CCGGGUUUAGUUACCAUGGUACCCAAUGGGGCUUGAGGCCUAAUCCUUGAGAAAAUAAGCCUGGACUGGUAAAAUUUCACCAAGAGGAUGACCCAGGCUGAAAUAAAACUUUCUUCCCUCCUGCUGUGUGAACAUUUUGGUGAGAUUGUGGAAAAAAUCGGGACACACCUCAUCCGCAUGGGUAGCCAGCCGUUACGAAUGAUAGCUCACGACACUGGAAUGUCACUUGACCAGGUUCGGAAGGCCCUCUGUGUCCUUAUUCAGCACAACCUGGUGACAUACCAGCUGCAGAAACGAGGCUUAGUGGAAUAUGAAGCUCAGUGCAGCCGAGUGCUGCGGAUCCUCCGCUAUCCCCGGUACAUCUAUACUGCCAAGACCCUUUACAGCGACACAGGUGAGCUAAUUGUGGAAGAGCUUCUGCUGAAUGGCAAGAUGACCAUGAGCGCUGUGGUGAAGAAGGUGGCUGACCGGCUGACAGAAACAAUGGAAGACCAGCUUUCCUUUUCCUCAGAUGGGAAGACAAUGGAGUACAGCGAAGUGUCCAACACCUUUGUGCGUCUGGCAGACACUCACUUCAUUCAGAGAUGUCCAUUGGCCCCUGAGACUCCAGAGCCUUUGGAGGCCCCGCCUCCUCCUGCACCCACACUAGUGUUCAACGAGAAGGACAUGUAUACAGUCCCACGUCUGAAUCUCAUAGGGAAAGGGAAGAGGAGGCACUCUGACAAUGAUGACAACAGCGAACACAAGGCAAAGCGGCAGAAACCAAACACAGACAGCACAGAGCCUCCAGCUGACGAUGGAAUCUACUGGCAGGUCAACAUUGACCGUUUCCACCAACAUUUCCGGGAUCAAGUGAUUGUUAGUGCUGUGGCCAACAGGAUGGACCAGACCAGCAGUGAGAUUGUGCGCACGAUGCUGCGCAUGAGUGAAGUUACCACCUCCUCCAAUGCACCAUACACCCAGCCGCUGUCUUCAAACGAGAUUUUUCGGUCACUUCCAGCUGGUUACAACAUCUCCAAGCAAGUUCUUGACCAGUAUCUCACCCUGUUAGCAGACGACCCACUGGCAUUUGUUGGGAAAUCUGGCGAGAGCGGUGGCGGCAUGUAUGUGAUCAACCUUCACAAAGCCUUGGCAUCUCUGGCCACUGCAACACUGGAAUCGAUAGUUCAAGAAAGGUUUGGAUCCCGCUGCGCCCGCAUCUUCCGUCUCCUCCUGCGGAAGAAGCAUUUGGAACAGAAGCAAAUAGAAGACUUUGCCAUGAUCCCUGCCAAAGAAGCAAAGGAAAUGAUGUAUAAGAUGCUGUCGUCUAAUAUUGUCUCCUUGCAGGAAAUCCCUAAGACCCCUGACCAUGCCCCAUCCCGGACUUUCUACCUGUAUGCAGUCAACAUGCUCUCAUCAGCCCGGAUGCUGCUCCACCGUUGUUACAAGAGCAUAGCCAACCUGAUGGAAAGACGGCUGCAUGAAACCAAAGAGAACAGGCGUCUGCUGGAGAAAUCUCAGCGGGUGGAGGCCAUCCUUGCAUCGAUGCAGGCCACUGGCGCGGAAGAGGCACAACUGCAAGAGAUUGAGGAGAUGAUCACAGCCCCUGAGCGUCAGCAGCUGGAGACCCUCAAGCACAAUGUGAACAAGAUCGAUGCCAGUGAAAACCAAGUGGAUGAGACAAUCUUCCUCCUGGAGUCAUACAUCAACAGUACCAUGAAGAACUGAGCAGCUUCCAGACCUCAGGCAGCUGGGGAAUGGCACCGUCUCUCCUCCUGUGGAGGGCUAGUUAGAGUGGGAGAGAGAAGCUUUCAGUCAGUGCUUGGGCCUCUAUUUAUUUAUUGUACAUUUGCUUACAAGAAAAUAAAAAG